UGCCGCCCAGGACUGCUCGUUCGGGCUGAGCCCUUGGACGCCGGGUUUCACCCAAGCGCAACAUGUGAUGCUUGCACCCCCAUCAGGGACGGGGGAUGGGACAGGUGAUUCGGACCUCAUCGGAUCAGCCUUAAGACUCACAAGGAGCCCCCCACUGGCAGCCCCCUAGCUUCCAAGUACCCAGACGCUGCCUGCACAGUGAGAUCUGCCCACGGCGGGGAGGAAGGAGACCUGGAUGCCACCCCCCAGGACAGAGUGAUGCCCAUGAAGGGAAUCCAGCUAUAGGAAUAGAGACCACAGAGCCGAGCAAUCCUGACCACGUGGCACUGCGGCAAGACACCCAGCUCAGCAGCAGCAGGUUCUCGGGGGGAGCCUGGGCCAUGCUGUAGCUCAGCAGAGGAUUUGGCAGACAGAGCCCUGGCCACACAGGUGGAUGCAGAGACCCUGUGGUAGGCGCCAUGAGCAGCACCCUAUCCCCCACGGACUACGACAGCUUGGAGAUCCAGCAGCAGUACAAUGACAUCAACAACCGGUGGGAGCUGGCCGAUGAGGACUGGGACAAUGAGAAUAGCUCAGCACGCCUCUUCGAGCGCUCCCGCAUCAAGGCGCUGGCAGAUGAGCGCGAGGCCGUGCAGAAGAAAACCUUCACCAAAUGGGUGAACUCUCACCUGGCACGUGUGACCUGCCGCAUCGCAGACCUAUACAAUGACCUGCGCGAUGGGCGCAUGCUCAUCCGCCUGCUGGAGGUGCUGUCGGGUGAGCAGCUGCCCAAGCCCACCAAAGGGCGAAUGCGGAUCCACUGCCUGGAGAACGUAGACAAGGCCCUGCAGUUCCUCAAGGAGCAGAAGGUGCAUCUGGAGAAUAUGGGCUCCCAUGACAUCGUCGAUGGCAACCACCGCCUCACGCUGGGCCUCAUCUGGACCAUCAUCCUCCGCUUCCAGAUCCAGGAUAUCAGUGUGGAGACUGAGGAUAACAAGGAGAAGAAAUCGGCCAAGGAUGCCCUGCUGCUCUGGUGCCAGAUGAAGACGGCAGGGUACCAGAAUGUUAACGUUCACAAUUUCACCACCAGCUGGAGGGAUGGCCUGGCCUUCAAUGCGAUUGUCCACAAGCACAGGCCGGACCUUAUAGAUAUUGACACGCUGAAGAAAUGCAAUGCCCACUACAACCUGCAGAAUGCGUUUAACGUAGCGGAGAAGGAGCUGGGGCUGACCAAGCUUUUGGACCCCGAAGAUGUCAACGUGGACCAGCCAGAUGAGAAGUCCAUCAUCACAUAUGUGGCCACCUACUACCACUACUUCUCCAAAAUGAAAGCAUUGGCUGUGGAGGGAAAGCGAAUUGGAAAGGUGCUGGACUAUGCCAUUGAGGCUGACAAGUUGAUCGAGAAGUACGAGACACUGGCUUCUGACCUGCUGCAGUGGAUCGAGCAGACCAUCCUGACACUCAACGACCGUAAGCUGGCCAACUCCCUGAGCGGGGUGCAGAACCAGCUGCAGGCUUUCAACACCUACCGCACUGUCGAGAAGCCCCCCAAGUUCACAGAGAAGGGGAACCUGGAGGUGCUGCUCUUCACCAUCCAGAGCAAGAUGCGCGCCAACAACCAGAAGGUGUAUAUACCGCGCGAGGGCAAGCUAAUCUCUGACAUCAACAAGGCCUGGGAGCGGCUGGAAAAGGCGGAGCAUGAGCGGGAGCUGGCACUGCGCAACGAGCUGAUCCGCCAGGAAAAGCUGGAGCAGCUGGCGGCGCGAUUUGACCGCAAGGCAGCCAUGCGGGAGACGUGGCUGAGUGAGAACCAGCGCCUGGUGUCCCAGGAUAACUUUGGCGUGGACAUCUCGGCGGUGGAGGCGGCAGUGCGGAAGCAUGAGGCCAUUGAGACAGACAUCGUGGCCUACAGUGAGCGCGUGCAGGCCGUGAAUGCUGUGGCCACCGAGCUGGAGGCGGAGCGCUACCACGACAUCAAGCGCGUGCUGGCCCGCAAGAACAACGUGGUGCGGCUGUGGGACUACCUGCGGGAGCUGGUGGCCUCACGCCGUGAGCGCCUGCUCCUCAACCUGGACCUGCAGAAGAUGUUCCAGGACCUGGCUUACCUUAUGGACUGGAUGGAGGAGAUGAAGGGCCGCCUGCAGUCCCAGGACUUUGGGAAGCACCUGCACGGUGUGGAAGACCUGCUGCAGAUCCAUGCGCUGGUGGAAGCCGACAUCGCCGUGCAGGCCGAGCGCAUCAAGGCUGUUGGCACUGCUGCACAGAGGUUCGCCACCCCUGGAGAAGGAUACAAGCCGUGUGAUCCCCAGCUGGUGCAGGAGAGGGUGGACAUGCUAGAGCUGUGCUACCAGGAGCUGGUUGAGCUGGCAGGCAAGCGCCGCGCCAAGCUGGAGGAGUCACGUCGGCUGUGGAAGUUCUUCUGGGACAUGGGUGAGGAGGAGGCCUGGAUCCGGGAGCAGGAGCAGAUCCUGUCGUCGGAUGAUUUCGGCAAGGACCUGACCAGUGUGCUGCGCCUCAUCAGCAAGCACAAUGCCUUCCGUGAUGAGAUGAGCGGCCGCUAUGGACCCCUGCAGCACACCACGGCCCAGGGCCACUGCCUGGUGCGUGAGGGGCACUUUGGGGCACGCGAGGUGGCCGAGCGCAUCCGGGAGAUUGAGGAGCAGUGGCAACACCUGGAGGCGCUGGCAGGCGAGCGGGAGCGGCGCCUGCAUGAAGCCUCCAGCCUCUACCAGUUCCAGGCUGACGCUGACGACAUGGAGGCCUGGCUCAUGGAUGCCCUGCGGCUGGUGUCCAGCCCGGAGGUGGGCCAUGACGAGUACUCUACCCAGAGCCUGGUCAAGAAGCACAAGGACGUGGAAGAGGAGAUCCAGAACCACCGGCCCGCCAUCGCUGCGCUACAUGAGCAGGCCCAGAGUCUGCCACCUGCCUUUGCCCAUACACCCGAGGUGGCAGGGCGCCUGCCCGCUGUGGAACAGCGCUACCAGGAGCUGGCCGCUCUGGCUGAGCGCCGCAAGCAGGAUCUGCAGGAUGCCCUCAACCUCUACAAGAUGUUCAGCGAGGCUGAUGCCUGUGGGCUGUGGAUUGGUGAGAAGGAGCAAUGGCUGCAUGCCAUGGAGAUCCCCGAGAAACUGGAGGACCUGGAGGUGGUGCAGCAGAGGUUUGAGACACUGGAGCCCGAGAUGAAUAACCUGGCUUUGCGCAUCGCGGCCAUCAACCAGAUUGCUGGGCAGCUGCUGAGCACCGACCACCGCAACAAAGAGAGCAUCCAGGCCACGCAGGAGCAGCUCAACACCAGGUGGGAGCGGUUCCGCACUCUGGCCGACCAGAAGAAGGCCGCGCUGACCUCGGCCCUGAACAUCCAGAACUACUACCUGGAGUGCAACGAGACCAAGUCCUGGAUGAGGGAGAAAACCAAGGUGAUUGAGUCGACGCAGGAGCUGGGCAACGACCUGGCGGGCGUCAUGGCGCUGCAGAGGAAGCUGACGGGCAUGGAGCGGGACCUGGAGGCUAUCCAGGGCAAGGUGUUGGACCUGCAGGGGGAGGCGGCCACGCUGGCAGCCGAGCACCCGGGCCAGGCGACGCCCAUCCUAGACCAGCUGGCGGACAUCAAGACUGUGUGGGCCGAGCUGCGUGAGACCAUGCGGCGGCGCGAGGAGUCGCUGGGGGAGGCCAGCAAGCUGCAGGGCUUCCUGCGUGACCUCGACGACUUCCAGGCUUGGCUGUCACGGACACAGACAGCUGUGGCCUCUGAGGACGUGCCAGCCACCCUGGCUGAGGCUGAGCAGCUGCUGAGCCAGCACGAGAGCAUCCGUAAUGAGAUCGAGCACUACAAGGACGACUACCAGAGCAUGCGGGCCAUGGGCCAGGAGGUGACCCAGGGCCAGACCGAUGCCCAGUACAUGUUCCUGCAGCAACGCCUGGAGGCCCUGGACACUGGCUGGAAGGAGCUGGGCCAGAUGUGGGAAAACAGGCAUCACCUGCUGUCCCAGGCCUAUAGCUUCCAGCUCUUCCUGCGGGACACCAAGCAGGUGGAGGGCGUGCUCAGCAACCAGGAGUACGUGCUGUCCCACACUGAGAUGCCCAGCACCCUGCAAGGGGCAGAGGCCUCCAUUAAGAAGCAUGAAGAUUUCAUGACCACCAUGGAGGCCAAUGGGGAGAAGAUCAAGGGGCUGGUGGACGCCGGGCGGAAGCUGAUUGUGGGGGACAGUGUCCAUGCAGACAAAGUCCAGGAGAAGGUUGACUCCAUUGAUGGCAGGCACAAGCGGAAUCGGGAUGCUGCCAACGAGCUGCUUCGGCGGCUGCGGGAUAACCGGGAGUUGCAGCACUUCCUGCAGGACUGCCAGGAGCUCACCCUGUGGAUCAAUGAGAAGAUGCUGACAGCCCAGGACAUGUCCUAUGAUGAGGCCCGCAACCUGCACACCAAGUGGCAGAAGCACCAGGCCUUCACGGCCGAGCUGGCUUCCAACAAGGACUGGCUGGACAAGAUCGAGAAGGAGGGGCAGCAGCUAAUGGCGGAGAAGCCGGAGCUGGAGCCCGUGGUGAAGGAGAAGCUGGACAGCCUCCACCGGCUAUGGGAUGAGCUGGAGUCCACCACCAAGACCAAGGCUCAGUGCCUCUUCGAUGCAAACCGGGCUGAGCUCUUCACCCAGAGCUGCUCUGCCCUGGAGGCCUGGCUGGCCGGGCUGCAGGCCCAGCUCCAGUCUGAUGACUACGGCAAGGAUCUGACCAGUGUCAACAUCCUGCUGAAGAAGCAACAGAUGCUGGAGAACCAGAUGGACGUGCGGGAGAAGGAGGUGGAGGCCAUCCAGUCGCAGGCGCUAGCCCUGAGCCAGGAGGACGCCAACACAGCUGAGGUGGAAGGCAAGUUCCGGGCAGUGGAGGAGAAGUUCCUGGACCUGCGGGGCCCUCUGGAGGAGCGCUGCCACAAGCUGCUGGCCUCCAAGGAGGAGCACCAGUUCAACCGUGACCUGGAGGACGAGAUCCUGUGGGUGAGGGAGCGGAUGCCGAUGGCCAUCUCCACUGACCAUGGCAAGGACCUGCCCACCGUCCAGCUGCUGAUAAAGAAGAACCAGACCCUGCAGAAGGAGAUCCAGGGCCAUGAGCCGCGCGUGGAGGAGCUGCUGGGGCGGCGGGCAGGGCUCGCGCGCUGCGGGCCCGUGGAGCGGGUGGAAGAGCUGCGGGAGGCCUGGCGGGAGCUGGGGCACCAGGCGGAGCUGCGGCACCAGCGCCUGGAGCGGGCACACGCUGCCCAGCAGUUCUACUUCGACGUGGCUGAAGCUGAGGCCUGGAUGGGCGAGCAGGAGCUGCACAUGAUGUCCCAGGAGAAGGCCAAGGACGAGCUGAUUGCCCAGGCCAUGGUGAAGAAGCACCUGGUGAUGGAGCAAGCGCUGGACGACUACGCCCAGACCAUCCACCAGCUCUCCAACCAGAGCCGCGACAUGGUGGCCAGUGAGCACCCAGAGAGUGAGCGGCUCACCCUGCGCCAGGGCCAGGUGGACAAACUGUACGCCAGCCUGAAGGACCUGGCAGAGGAGCGGCGGGGGAAGCUGCAGGAGCACCAGCGCCUCUGCCAGCUUAAGCGCGACGUGGAUGACCUGGAGCAGUGGAUCUCGGAGCGCGAGGUGGUGGCUGCCUCCCACGAGCUGGGGCAGGACUACGAGCAUGUCACUAUGCUGCGGGACAAGUUCCGGGAGUUCUCCCGUGACACCAGUAACAUCGGGCAGGAGCGCGUGGACGCCGUGAACCUGCUGGCGGACGAGCUGAUCUCAUCAGGGCACUCGGAGAACGCCACCAUUGCCGAGUGGAAGGAUGGGCUCAACGAUGCCUGGGCCGACCUGCUGGAGCUCAUCGACACCCGCAGCCAGAUGCUGGCGGCUUCCUACGAGCUGCACCGCUUCUACCACGACGCCCGCCAGACUCUGGCCCAGGUGCAGCACAAGCAGAAGCAGCUGCCUGACGAGGUGGGGCGCGACCUGAACACGGCCGAGGCCAUGCAGCGCAUGCACACAGCCUACGAGCAUGACAUCCAGGCGCUCAGUGCACAGGUGAAACAGGUGCAGGAGGACGCUACGCGGCUGCAGAAGGCUUACGCAGGUGAGAAGGCCGACGACAUCCGGCGGCAUGAGCAGGCCGUGAGCGAGGCCUGGGCCGAGCUGCUGAGCAGCAGCCAAGGCCGCCGGCAGCUGCUGCUUGACACCGUGGACAAGUUCCGCUUCUUCAAGAUGGUGCGAGACCUGAUGCUGUGGAUGGACGGGGUGCACCUGCAGAUAGACGCCCAGGAGAAGCCCAGGGACGUAUCCUCAGCUGACCUGGUCAUCAAGAACCACCAAGGGAUCAAGGCCGAGGUGGAGGCCCGGACGGACAGCUUCAAUUCCUGCAUAGCCAUGGGCACUGCACUGCUGGACAAGGGCCACUACGCUUCUGACAAGAUUUCAGAGAAGCUGUCCCAGCUGCAGGAGCGGCGCAAGGAGAUCGGAGACCGGUGGCAGGAGAAGAUGGACUGGCUGCAGAUUGUUAUGGAGGUGCUGAUGUUCGGGCGCGAUGCCAGCAUGGCUGAGGCCUGGCUGUCCAGCCAGGAGCCCAUCGUGCGCUCAGCCGAGCUGGGCGGGAACGUAGACGAGGUGGAGAACCUCAUCAAGAGGCAUGAGGGCUUCCAGAAGUUGGCCGCUGCCUGGGAGGAGCGCUUCCUGGCACUGGAAAAGCUCACCACGCUGGAGGAGAAGGAGCGGCUGCGGCACGAGGAGGAGGAGAGGAGGAAGAGGCGGCCCCCAACACCACCCGAGCCAGAGCCCGAGGUCACGGUGCAGCCAGUGCUGCUCCUUGACAGCCAGCAGGGGCCAGGACUGAGCAUUGCUGAUGGGACUUCCACUCUGCAGAGCCGUCUCCCGGAGCUGCCUGCUGUGAAUGGGAUCUACCCUGACUCCGAGUCCCCCCAGAUGUCCAAGAUGGCGGAGGUGACAAGCGGCGCCCGGACGGAUGCCCUGGCUGAGGAGAAGGAGCACAGCCCUGCCCCCUCGCCCAAGGCCCGCACCAAGCUGCCGGCACUCACCCCUGAGCCUGCCCAUUCGACCACGCUGCCACUCCGGUCACCAGACCCCACUGCCCAGGAGCACAUGGAGGGGGCACUGUGCCGCAAGCAGGAGAUGGAAGCCCAGGGCAAGAAGGCAGCCAACAGGUCCUGGCAGAACGUGUACUGUGUCCUGCACAAAGGUAGCCUAGGCUUCUACAAAGACGCCAAGAACGCCAGCCAUGGUGUCCCCUACCAUGGCGAGGUGCCCAUCAGCCUGCAGGGGGCGCAGUGCAACGUGGCACUGGACUACAAGAAACGCAAGCAUGUCUUCAAGCUGGGGUUGAGUGACGGCAAAGAGUAUUUAUUCCAGGCCAAGGACGAGGCUGAGAUGAGCACCUGGAUGCGAGUGAUCAAUGCCUCAGUGGCCUGCACCCCGACUCCCCAGCAGGACACGGAGGAUCCGCCCUCACUCACUGGCAAGGGCAUGACACGGGCCGUGAGCAUGCCACCUGUGUCCCCCAACAGCGCCACUGAGGUCUCCGUGGCCCUGCGCAGCAAGGACGGCAAGGAGAAGGACCGAGAAAAGAGAUUCAGCUUCUUCAAGAAGAAGCAAUAGGGUCUGGGGGGCUUGCUACUGGAGGGGCUGCUGGAGGGGCACUGCCCGGCUAUUUAAUCCAUGGAACUGAUGGAAGGACACGGGAUGGGACAAGGGGCUCUGUACAGGGGGGGCAGACUCUGGGCUCCAGAUGGAUCGGAGCAGGGAGUGGAACUCUGGGUCCUGGAUGGGGAUGCUGCAUUUUAGAUCGGUAGCUGUGCUAAUGUGACAGUUUCAACCAACCCUCCCACCCUGGGAGCCGCUGGGGGGAUCCCUGCUGACUCCCCCAUACACUGGGGAAUGCUGGAGUUGCUGGAGUGCAUCAGCCAUGAAGCCAACCUGGGAAAAAACCUCCCUGUGACCUUCUGCACCAGUGCAGGGGAGGAGCAGCAUUAGGGUUACCAGGCUGUGUGGGGAAGGGUAUUUAGGUUGCCAGGACCCAGGCAUGGUGGGGGAGGGGCAUUUGGGCUGAUGCACAUUAGGGGGCAUGUUUGACUUGCCUUGUCCCCUCCUGUCUCUCUGAUCCAUGAACCUUCUCUCCUUGCUGCCCCCCAUCUCCUGGAGCUGCCCGAGUAUGGGGUGGUACAUCUUCCCCCACCCCUUUUCUACAGCUGCUCUACAUUAGCAGAUCCUGUGGCAGGGUCCAUGGUGCAUCCGCACCAUAGUGAGGCCCCCACUCCGUGCCCCCUGCUUUGCAGACAGUCACACCCUCACAGGGAAGCUGCGGCUGAGCUGGACAGGAUGGGGAUGGGAUCAGGUUCCCAGGGCUGGGGCUCUGUCUUUGGAGUGGGGUUAUUUUUGCUUGCAAACAGAAGCAGUACCAGGGAUUCCCUGCGUGAGGAUGCAGACAGCUGUGGCGGUCAGUUCUCUCACCGCCCUUCUCACACUGAGGGCUUUGCUGUCCAAGGUGGGCAUGGGAUUCCCAGAGGGGCUGAGCUCCCCCAAACAAUGGACUUCAGAGCAGGGGGACUCAGUGCUUCUGGCAAUCCAGCACCUAAGAGCUGGAGAAAUUACAAAGGGGGAGCCCUUAUCCUCCUUGAAAGUUGAGGGGGCUGGGCUCCUGGUGUCUCUGGAAAUCUCCCUGCUGUGUGGGGCCUUUGAAUUGAGACAGAGUGUCUCUCACCAAGCAACCCCGCUCGGCUAGCAGAAUCACUGGGUGGGAUCCUCUAGCCAGGGUUACCCGGGGGUGGGCAGAGGUCAGGCUGGAUGCUCAGAAUUGUCUCCUCUGGCCUGUCAAACAGUUGAGCUGAAAAUCCAUCCCCUGUUCAGUAGGUGGCUGCCCCUUUGACUUUCCCAAUGUCCUAACCCCACUGGUCUCCAGUCAUCCAUAGGAUUUCCUGGGGUGAACUGGGGGAAAGAUUCCCUCCUCCCCACCAGUGCCCAAUCUGGUGUCUUUUUCCACCCACCCCUCCCAAGCCCUGGCUGGUUUCCUUUGCCUUUAUCUCCCAGUCUGUGGCCCAGAAAUGAUUUGUGCCUUCCCGCUAUGAGUGAUUGCUCUCUGCCUCCCUGGUCUUCCCUGUCUAAGGAGAAACCGUAUCCCUGCCAGGAUAGGGCACCAUGGCUCCCUCGCCCCUAUGACUGUGAAAUGAGCCAAGUCUCCUCCCUCUGCUGGGGUCCUGGGGACAGGCAGCUUGGAGCUCGAGGGGUGGGCAGGAUUGCAGAACUGGAUGGUGGCGGGGCCUGCUUCCUGCAGCGGGAGGCCUGGAAACAAGAUGUCGCUGCUGCAUUUGGACCAUGACUUCGCUCCUCGCACCCCCUGGCUGGGACACCCCCUGAGCGCAUCCUGGUGAUCUUUCUGUGCUUGUGGGAAACAUUAUUCAUGUGUUUGCAGUGGCAUCUGUUCCAAUUUUUGACAGAAACUCUGAAAUAAAAGAGUCUGUGUAGAGAC